AACCUCUAACCUCCUUGUUUCAAAUUGUCCGAUUGGUCCAAUGGUAUGACAAGGAGCGGCAAAACGCCGCUGAGUCCGACAAGGAUGGAGCCAAAAAUGGCCCAACACCAGGGCACAUAUUCCAGGGCACAAACCCAAUCGGGAACCAAAUCCCUUACUAAUUCCUUGUAGGAAUCGUCGAAAUCGGUAUUGUUUGUGUCGGUCAUGCACACGAAAACGUUCCCAAGCAGUGUCAUCUUGAAAUAAUUGCAGAAAUACGGAAAUUUACGAACUUUUCGACACCCACGAACUGUUUCUUUCUUCGAUGUAAAGAGCUGUCUCGAACCCGACUAAUCUAACACUGAGAUUGAGCCGGGCGGUUAUGAAUACUUAGGGAAUUUAAAGUUAUUAUGAACUUAACAAAACACACAUUUUUAACGCACGUUAACGUUUGACGGAAACAUCUUUUCUGAUCGGAAAAAUCGAGUGUGCUAGGCUAUGUUUCUGACGGAUGCCUCCCCACCACUCCAUCGCGAUCAUCUGGUCCCGUGACCUAGUUAUUCCACCACAGAAAAUUCCAGCGAUAAUUGAGAUAUACAGAUAUAACUAGAUAUUCCGUAAUAUUGAACAUUUUUUCUCAAUACCAAAUACUUUUGAUGUCAAUAUGUGUAACUUAACGUUUCUAAUCAACUUCAAUGUAAUUAUUUGAUUGGUUCAAUUUUUCCAAAUUUUUUACCUUGGUGUAAAUCGCGAUUAGCCGAAUCGCAGCGUUGCCAAACUUCGAGUAAUUAUCGAUUCCGCGAAAUUUGAUUUGAGAUAAUAAAUUAAUGGAAAACAAAACAAUAAUUAAGUAAGAUCGAAAUUUCAAUUUGAAAUAGAAAAGUAUAUAUGUGAAAUAUUCAAUAAUUAUUUAUUUUGAGCUAGUUAUUUAAGGCUUCCUAUAAACGUGCGGCAACAACGAACUUUUUGAAUAUUUAAUCGAAAUUACCUGAUGCGUUACAGUGAUGAAUAUUAAGAACAUAGCGUAGAAGUUUAACGUACCGUUAUUUAGUGUAUAGAAGGUUCAUAAAGCGCAAUGCUUAAGUGCAAAUAUUUAACCUGAUCAAUUAAUUUCGCGGAAUCGCCACGACCGGUUCCCGUUCGAUCCAUUAAUAAUAACGCGACGGACAUCGGCAUGGACGUUUGGGGCAACUUGAAUUUGGGAUCGCUGGAAAUGGGCGCCAUCGGAGCCAGCAAUUUAGUGCCGUUGAUUAGGGGCGAGGAGCCCAAUUUCACCAGUAGCUUCAGAAGGAAAAAGAAACCGACCAUCGAGAAGCUACCGGAUAAAGUGCUGUUGCAUAUAUUCAGCUAUUUAUCGCACAAAGAAAUCAGCCAAAUGGCUAAAGUGUGCAAGCGAUGGCGCAUCAUGGCUUACGAUACCAAAUUGUGGAAGAACGUCUCACUUCGUCCCGAAAUUUCUGGCUUGCACGUAGGCUCUCUGGAAUCGCUCCUGGCUCUAAUCAGCAUCAGAUUCGGACCGAGUUUGAGGUACAUCGAGCUACCGAUAGAGCUCAUAACGCACACGGUCCUCCACGAACUGGCCAACAAGUGUCCCAAUUUAACCCACAUGCUCUUGGACUUCUCCACCGCGAUGCAGCUGCACGAUUUCAGCGAGCUCCAAGCCUUCCCCACCAAGCUGAAGUACCUGUGCAUCUGCCUCUCCGAGGUGAUCUUCAUGGAGGGCUUCAUGCGGAAGAUCUACAACUUCAUCAACGGCCUGGAGAUACUCCACUUGAUCGGCACCUACGAGAAGAUCGAAGAGGAGGAGGAGGAAAUCUACGAGGUGAUCAACGUGCACAAAUUGAAAUCUGCCACUCCUAAUUUGCGGGUCAUCAAUUUGUAUGGUAUUAAUUUCGUGGAUGAUAGCCAUAUCGAUGCCUUCAGCUCCAAUUGCAUCCAGUUGGAAUGUUUGGCGGUGAAUUAUUGCAAUAAAGUAACCGGUUCGACUUUAAAGACGCUGUUCCAGAGAAACCGAAGGUUGAAAUGCUUGCUCAUGAACGGAACUAAUUUACAGAGCGAAUAUUUAAUGCAAAUAGACUGGGAGAAAUGCCCGGUACAAGAGCUAGACAUCACAGCGACCGAUUUAUCCACGGAAUGCCUGCAGGAUAUCCUAUCCAGGAUACCGGCGUUGAAAUUUUUGAGCGCCGGGCAGUUGAACGGGUUCAAUGAUUCGGUGUUGAAAACUUACAUGGACUCGGGUAACGCUAGAAAUCUGGUCGCUUUAGAUUUGGACAGCUCGGAUAAUCUUACUGAAGAGGCCAUUUACAAAUUCUUGUGCAAACACGGGCAUCAGCUGCUGGGUUUAGGAUUGUCGGGGAUGACUCACAUAACAGAUUCUCUUUGGCAAACUAUUUUACCGAUAUUAAACAACGCUCAGAUUUUGGUAAUGGGCACGCAAGAGCGCUUGGGAGUGAACAUUUUAGUGGAUCAACUGAUGGAUAGUAUUUCGAGAAACUGCCCCAACGUGGAGCGCCUGGAAUUGCGCUGGGAUCCCGAUAAUUUGAGAUUCUCGGAUAAAAGCCAAAAAGCCAUCGAUACUCUGCGAGUGAAAUGCCUAAAACUACGAUGCUUGUGCCUCAGCGAUGGGCGAUACUACGAGGUGGUGAAAGCGAAUUUCGAGAGAGCCGAUAGAAUGACGGUAGUAAGGACAUUAACCAAUUGCAGAAUCUCCAAUUACUACCUAUUAACCAACUACAAGGAUUUGAUAUUUAAUUAAUAAAAGAAACGCAGCGAUUAAACUGAAAAAAAAAAUCUUUUCUAAUCGUAGGUAUACAAAUAAAUAUCGAGAAGUGUGUGAUAAUAACUAGAAAGGAAUCGAAUUAUACUCGUAUAAGAAACGAUUGAAUUGUUCUUACUGAUUGGGUAUAAUUCAAUUCCGAUCGUAGAAAGUAUUGUCGGAAAGAAAUAAGAACUAUACAAAUCGAAAUAGGUAUUUACAAUUAUUAAACAAGUCAAAUGUAUUAUACAUAUUAUACAUUAAAAAAGUGGGAUGAGGGUCAAUACCGUUGGAAAUUAAUUAUACAAGAAUCUAAUUCGUUUGCUUUUCUCGAAAUCCAUUGACUAGCUAGAAAAACGAAAUAAUUUGCCAAUUUUAUAGAAAUACAAGUAAUGACCCCGCGGAAUUUGCAAUUUUUAAAUUCCAACAUUUCAUAGCUCUUACAAAAAAUAAUAUAGAUACAAAAAAGAAUUUAAAAAUUCAAUUCCUCCGUUUCUCCAACAUAUAAGCCCUUUAUUGACUUUGAAAGAAAAAUUAAACAUAUGUUAAUUGUUUCAACAUUCAACAACAAAUAAAUAAUCACUAGCCAAAGUUGAAAAACCAUUUACACAUCCAAUUUACAAUGCAUAGUAAAGCAGAUGCGCGUGUAAAAUUAUACUAGGAAAAUGAACCAAAAAAAUUUAUGGAGAUCUUUACUUCCUGUAAUAAAACCUAAUUUAAUAAAAAAAAAUUAUCUAAUAAGAAAAUAGAAAUUUUCAGGAAACCCCAUCAAUCGUCCCAAAUUCUAUAGGAUUCAGAAACAAAAAUUGAAUCAGUCAAACUAAAAAAAUAAAAAUAAUUUCAAAUAACCCGCUAAAAAAAACAAGUGUCAACAGAAACCACGGACGAAUAUUUCUAAGGUCUGGAAACAGCUAUGCUUAUGCAUUAGAGAA